AUGAAGCGUGUCUGUCGGAAGCUGGCGGUGACCGUGGCGCUGCUGGUGUGGCUGGGAGCGCUCGUUUACCUGCUGGUGCUCAGCCGGAGGAGGCUGCCGGAGCUGGGGGGGGCCGGGGCCGGGCCAGGGGGAAUCUCGGAGGCGGAGUGGGAGGACAUGUUGGACGGGUUCGACGAGCGCAGCUACCUGAGCGCCCGGCGCUGGAAGCCCGGAGACGACCCGUACACGCUGUACGCCUUCAACCAGAGGGAGAGCGAGCGCAUCCCCAGCAACCGAGCCCUGAGGGACACCAGACACUACAGAUGCACAACCCUUCACUACGACUCUGAUCUUCCUCCAACCUCCAUCAUCAUCACCUUCCACAACGAGGCCAGAUCCACCCUGCUGCGCACCAUCAGGAGUGUUUUAAACCGAACUCCAGUUCAUCUCAUCCAUGAAAUCAUCCUGGUGGACGACUUCAGCAUCGACGAAAGUGACUGUCAGCUUCUCACCAAACUGCCCAAAGUCAAAUGUCUCCGCAACAACAAGAGAGAAGGUCUGAUCCGGUCCCGGGUGCGAGGGUCCGACGCUGCCAGUGCCGGGGUCCUCACCUUCCUGGACUCUCACUGUGAGGUCAACAAGGACUGGCUGCCUCCGCUGCUGCAGAGGAUCAAACAGGACCCGACCCGUGUGGUCAGCCCGGUCAUCGACAUCAUCAACAUGGACACGUUUGCCUACGUGGCGGCCUCGGCUGAUCUGCGUGGAGGUUUUGAUUGGAGUCUCCAUUUCAAGUGGGAGCAGCUGUCGCCGGAGCAACGGGCUCGUCGGCUCGACCCGACUCAGCCAAUCAAGACGCCCAUCAUCGCAGGCGGGCUCUUUGUGAUUGACAGGUCCUGGUUCAAUCACCUCGGCAAGUACGACACCGCCAUGGACAUCUGGGGCGGAGAGAACUUCGAGAUCUCCUUCCGGGUGUGGCAGUGUGGCGGCAGCCUGGAGAUCCUCCCGUGCAGCCGAGUGGGUCACGUCUUCAGGAAGAAACAUCCGUACGUCUUCCCCGAGGGAAACGCCAACACCUACAUCAAGAACACACGUCGCACAGCUGAGGUGUGGAUGGACGACUUCCGACUCUUUUACUACUCUGCUCGGCCUGCAGCUCGAGGGAAAUCCUACGGAGAUGUCCACGGUCGAGUGGAACUCCGCAAGAAGCUCAAGUGCAAAUCCUUUAAGUGGUACCUGGACAACGUUUACCCUGAGCUCAAGGUUCCAGAUGACUCGGAGUCUCGGUCCGGGCCGAUCAGACAGAGGCAGAACUGUCUGGAGUCUCGGAGGCUGGAGGGACAGGAGCCGCCCGUCCUCACGCUGGCGCCCUGCGUCGGGACAGAGGGCGUCCCCGCCAUCAACCAGGAGUGGGUUUACACUCACGGGCAGCAGAUCCGUCAGCAGCAGCACUGUCUGUCUCUGUCCACCACCUUCCCGGCCUCCCAGGUGCUGCUGCUGCCCUGCAACAUGGCCGACGGCAAGCAGCGGUGGCAGAAGUCCGGGACCCACCUGGAGCACCUGGUGUCCCGGUUCUGUCUGGACUCGGAGAUGGCGCUGGACGGGAUGGACUCGUCCCGGAUGCUGGUCAUCAGCCCCUGUGAACUGACGGCGUACACACAGAGAUGGGAGGUGCCCUUCUCCUGA